CCAACUGUAGUUCUCACUUUUCCAUGCGCCCACUCGGGCAUAUUAUAUGUGGAGUUAAACUUAGUCCAGGAUUUACCGACCACCCAAAAUUGUCCGCUUCGUCUAUCUAAACCUAGACAGUGAUAUUUUUGAUUACACUUUUCUGGACAACAUAUCACCAUGCCUCUGUCGUGGAUUUUUAGACGCCAUCAAAGGCUGAAGGAAGAGAUGAAAGAGGAACACGAAGAGAUUCCUAAGCCGUUUGUAUGGGACGAGAGUUUCAGGGUCUACUAUGACAAUCUGGACGAAGACCAUAGGAAACUUUUCCAAGGGAUAUUUAACUGCGCCAAGAACCCGGGCAGUGCUCAGGUCCUCCUAGACACCAUACAUGUGUACAGAGACCACUUCGUCAGUGAGGAGAGAAUGAUGAAGGAGGCGGGGUUCAAUGGCCAUGACUCCCACAAAAGUCUCCACACCAAGUUCCUAGCCGAGAUGAUCUCCUUUCAACUCCCGCUGGACGCAGAGACGCUGGAGUAUUGUAAAGACUGGCUGGUACACCAUAUCAAGAGUGUGGACUUCAAUUAUAAAGGAAAACUUCAAAGGAAGUCGGAGAAAUAGUCAACUAGGAUUUAUUAUUAA